AUGCAGGAUGAGGGGCAGCAAAGCCGUCCCUCAGAGACUUCUCCCCUGCUCCGAAAUAGCUCUCAUGAAUACAACUCCGUUGGCCACCGAGACGACGUGGAAGCUGGCUCGACCACCAGCACAGAGGUAGACGAAGCCUCCAUCCUGGACCUAACCAGAGUCAGCUCCAUUCCGCAAGGGCUGCAAGUUGAGCCGAACCUGAACCGGCGAGUCUCUGGGAAUGGGACAGCCAAUAGUGCUGGACCCGACGAUAAAAGCUAUGACGCGCGGUUCAUCGGCGUAUCACCAACACGCUUCUGGUUGAUCUUCUCCGGCGUUAUGCUUGGGUACGUGAUCGGCUUUUUUGACUCAACUCUGAUGGCGUCAAGUCACCCGGUCAUCACUUCAUACUUCCACGCAUCUAACGCCGCCUCAUGGCUAUCCACGGCCUUCCUAUUGACUUCUACCGCAUUUCUUCCUCUGUUCGGACGAAUCUCCGAUGCCUUUGGCCGCAAACCCGUCUACCUCUUUGCCAUCUCCGUGUUCUUCCUUACGACAGCAUGGUGUGGACUGGCGCAGAGCAUCGGCAGCUUCAUCGCCGCUCGCGCAUUCUGUGGCCUCGGUGCCGGCGGUGUCUUCUCCAUGGGCCAGGUCCUCUCCAGUGACCUGGUGCGCAUCGAGUACCGUGGUAUCUACCAGUCAUACAUCAACCUAUGUCUCGGUAUUGGCAGCUGUCUCGGAUUGGCGCUGGGCGGAUUCCUCUGCGAUCAGGUGGGUUGGCGAGGUGCCUUCCUUGUGCAAUUGCCCUUCAUCUUCGUCUAUUUCGUUCUGGCUGUCUGGACCGUCCCGUCAGGUCUGGGAGUGAAGCGCGUCGGACUGGAGCGAGUAACGGUCCCGCAAUUGAUCCGGAGUAUCGACCUGACCGGGUCAUUCAUCCUCAUUGUCGCAGUCACGGCCUUGAUCAUGGGCCUGAACCUGGGCGGCAACGUCUUCCCCUGGUCUCACCCGCUGGUCAUUGUCUCCCUGGUGGCCUCUGCCAUCCUCUCGUUGAUCUUUGUCUUGUAUGAGCGGAAUGUGCCACGCCCUGUAAUGCCCGUAGAACUACUGUCCAAGGAUCCUCGUGCCAGCAUCAUCUUCGGCAAUUUCUUUGGGUCGAUGUCAACCAACACUAUGAUGUUCAAUGCCCCACUGUACUUCCAGGCCGUCAAGCUCGCCUCCCCGACUGACUCUGGCGUGCGGCUUGUGGCUGCAACAGUCGCGGUGACGAUAUCGAGCGUGGGAACUGGCUUCCUGAUAACCUGGACUAAACGUCUCAAGCCAACCAUCAUCGCCGGUGGUGUCUGCAUGCUUGUUGGUGGCUGCGCCGCCGCAUCAAUGGGGAUGAACACACCGGAUGCCGUUGCCAUGAUAUGCGUCUCGCUCACCCUCCUGGGCCAGGGAUUUACCUUUCCAACCUUGAUGGUCUCGGUCUUGGCCACGAGCGAACAGAGUGAGGCAGCUGUGGCCACCACCACGCUGGGACUGUGGCGGAACCUGGGCUCUGUGAUGGGCGUGGCUGCUAGCAGCUGGAUCUUUCAAAACACCCUCGUCUUUCAGCUAGAGCACAUGGUUACAGGGCCAGACAAGCGCGACAUUAUUUUGAUGGUGCGCAAGUCCGUGCGAGUCAUCGCGGACCUGGACUUGAAGCACCGGCAUCAAGUCAUGGGGGCAUAUGCUGCUGCGCUGCGUCUAACGUUUCUCUCUGCGGCUGUCUGGGCCGCGAUCAUGUUGCUGCUUCACCUGCGCCUGCGAUUGCCGCGACUGGGCAGUAAGCCCUAG